CCGAGCCCCCUGUGGCGCCCGCCCCCAAGGAGGUGCCCGAGGUCCCGGAUGAGCCAGUGGUGGUGCCGGCCCCCCCUGUGGCCCCUGCCGUGCCCAAGACAGAGCCCAAGGGCGAGACUGUGGUGCCGCCGCGCCAGCCGCCCCUGGCCCAGAACCUGGGCUACUCCAAGUACCAGAAGUCUCUGCCGCCCCGGUUCCAGCGGCAGCAGCAGGAGCAGUUGCUGAAGCAGCAGCAGCAGUGGCAGCAGCAGCACGGGCCGCCCCCGGUGCCCGCCUCCCCCCAGCAGCAGGUGGCAGCAGCUUCCCUGGCGGGCCUGGGCCCCUCGCCCGGUAUCCACCCUCCGCAGGGGGCAGGGCAGCAGCAGGCCCCGCCCCCCCAGCAGCAGGCCCCACCCAAGGCCAUGUACCCGGGCUCCAUGGGGCCCGGGGUGCACCCCUCUGGCCUGCUGCCCCGCGAGCGCUCGGACAGCGGGGGCUCCAGCUCGGAGCAGUUUGAGCGCCACCCCCAGAUCCUGCGGGAGCGGGGCACCCCGCCCAUGGACCCCAAGCUGGCCUGGGGGGCCGACGUCUUUGCCGCCGACCCCCGGCCCCUGGCUUCGCCCCUCCGGCAGCCAGAUGAGGAGGAGAAGGGCCUGCGGAGUGAGACGCCCCCUGUCCGCCUGCGGGAGGCCGCCACCCCCCAGCCCUAUGUGGGCAGCUACCCGGCCUUCGCUGAGAACGGCGCCCCGGCCCCCAUGCACCGCUUCCCAGGAGACGAGCCCCGCCCGGGGGGGCCCUGGCCAGCCAGCCUCGCCCUGCCCCCCAACGCUCCAGGGGAGCUGGCCAGGAACGGGCGCCCCGAGCCCCUGGCCCCGCCGCCCCAGCGCCAGCCGGACGAGAAGCCCCCCAACGCCGAGGAGCCCAAGGAGCCCCUGGCGGCGCCCAAGAAACCCCCCAAGGAGGAGCCGGCCCUGCCUCCCAAGGAGGAGCCGGCCCUGCCCCCCAAGGAGGAGGCGCCGCGCCGGGCCGAGCGCCCCUCGCGCCAGCCGCACGACUUCCACCGGCCACCACGGCGCGAGGCCAAGACAGAGACACGCUGGGGCCCCCGGCCGGGCAGCAGCCGGCGGGCGGAUGAGCCGCCGAGCGGCGAGAAGCCCCCGCGCAGAGCCGGGCCCAUCAAGAAACCUGCGCCCCCCAAGGAGGAGGCUGAGGAGCCGCGCCCCAAAGCCAAAGAGGGCACCGAGCCAGCGGGUGCCAAGCCGGACCCACAGCCCGGCCCCAAGGAGCCCCCCAAGCCAGGCAAGGAGGCCAAAGCCAAGGCGCUGGUGAACGGCAGCGUGGCGGGGGCCCCCAAGGAGCCACAGGGGGCGCUGUCGCCCACCCGCCGACGCCGGGAGUGCCCCUACGACCGCGGGGGCGGCGGCUACAUGGGGCGCGGGCGUGCCCGGGGGCGGGGGGAGUACUUCGCCCGGGGGCGCGGCUUCCGGGGCGCCUACAGCGGGCGCGGCCGGGGUGGCGGGGGCCGGGGCCGCAGCAGGGAGUUCCGCAGCUACCGGGAGCCAUUCUACCGCCUGGAGGAGGGGCCGGGGCCCCCAGGCGGCGGGGGCGGCGCCCGGCCCCGCAACGCCAGCGAGACGCGCAGCGAGGGCUCCGAGUACGAGGAGAUCCCCAAGCGCCGGCGCCAGCGCGGCUCGGAGACCGGCAGCGAGACCCACGAGAGUGCCAGCGACGUGGCCCACUCGGACAAGGAGGCGGCCCCGCCCCCGCUGGCCCCCCAGCCCGCCAAGGAGGAGCGGCACCGGGGCCCGGCUGCCCUGCCCCGCUUCGCUGACAAGAUCCCGCCCCGCCUCUCGGAGCCGGGAGCCCGCGGCGGCCGCAUCUUCACCCCCCGCGGCGUGCCCUCUCGGCGUGGUCGUGGCGGGGGGCGCCCCCCAGCCAGCACCUGGAGUCCCCCGGCCAAGCCCCCGCCCGGGAAGAAGCCGGAGAAGCAGGAGCCGGAGGCAGGGCCGGAUUCGCCCGGCAAGGAGAAAGCGGCGCUGGGGCCAGCUCUCCCGGUGCCAGAGGAUCUGGCCGCGUUCCAGUCUCCCCCCAAGCAGCAAGGGCCGCCCCCCAAUGGCGCAGUGGAUCGCAGCUUCGAGCGGCCCCCCCGCCGGCGGCGCCACGGCCGCUCGCAGCAGCAGGACAAGCCGCCCCGCUUCCGGCGGCUGAAGCAGGAGCGGGACAACGCGGCCCGGCUCAAUGGGGAGCAACGGGGCGGGCCGGGGGCCCCAGCAUACCCGCCACCCCCCGCCCCGGCGGAGGAAACGGCCUCCCGGCGCCCAGCCGGCGCCAAGUCCCCCGACCUGUCCAACCAGAACUCGGACCAGGCCAACGAGGAGUGGGAGACGGCCUCGGAGAGCAGCGACUUCACCGAGCGCCGGGGCGGUGGGCCGGGCGAGAAGGAGCCGGGGGGCCCCCCGCCCCAAGCCUUCCUGAAGGGGGGCGGUGGGGGCGGCGCCCCGUCGCUGGGGGUCCGGGGGGCCAGCGCCGACCUGACCCUUGCCCAGCGCAAGGAGAUGUCCAAGCGCAGCUUCUCCAGCCAGCGGCCUGGCAUGGACCGGCAGAACCGGCGCCCCAACCCCGGGCCCGGCAGCGGGGGCAAGGCCGGGGGCCGCGGGGGGCCUGGCGGCGGCCGUGGGGACAAGAGGACCUGGCCCUCGCCCAGGAACCGCAGCCGCCCGGCGGAGGAGCGCCCCCCGGGCCUGAGCCUGCCACCCGGGCCCACCACCAGCGCCGUCUACCGGCUGGACCACGUGGUGCCCAGCGACCCGGCCGGCAUCCAGCAGGCGCUGGCCGAGCUGAGCAAUCGUCACGGUGCCCGCGCCAAGCAACCGCCGCCCGGCACCGCCCCCGCCUCAGCUCCCACACCGCCGGCUCCCUUCCCCGCCCACCCGGGCGGCUACAGCCGAGGUAACGGCCCCGCUGUCUUCCCCACGGGCUGUGGGGAACUGCCCUGAGACCCACGCGCCGGC